AUGUUGGCUCUUCGCGACCAGGAAAACCUGCUAAGCCCCUUGAACCAAAGCAAGCAGCUAGCACCCAAGACACCCGGCAAGCCACGAAAUGACGAGAACAACCCGUUGGCAUUCGGAAAUCGCACCGUGAAGGGCAAUGGGAAUCGUCAGGACAAUGGAAAACCGGGAAACAACGCGUUUAUGACUCCGAUGGUGAAGGAUCGCGCUCCCCUGGGCAUGAAAACGACCAACCUCAAAGCCAACAACCUCCAGACGCCUGCGCCCUUUGGGGGAACCACCAAGCAACUGAAGACAAACCGCAGACAGUCGACUGCUCAGAAGAUCAGAAAAGCUGCUCCAGUGGCACAGCAAGCUCAAACGAAAGUCCACAUUGACGCGGCUACGGAUGAUGUACCGGAUAUUGAAUACAUGCCGCCAAAGCCUAGAGAUCUUCCGGACCUUCCAGACGAUGUGACAUAUGACACUACAUUCCCCCAAUUCCGACCGAAGAAUCGAGCUCUGGGGUUGGAGAGUGUCUACGGCAAGCAACAAGUUGGCAGGGAUGGACUCACGGCGAAGCAGCGCAAGUUCAAGGAGGAUUCGGCGGCGUGCGACAGGAUGGUGGAUGAUAUGAUUAUGAAACAACUUGAGGACAUUGGUUUCGAGAGCUCGGGUGAGAGCGAGUCCGCAAAUGCACUGCAGCCAACUGCCCUCCCGGCAAAGAGACCUACAACUACCACACGACACACUCGCAGUGUGUCCACGCUUCGAGCUCGAGAUGCUGCCGCUGCGCUCAGCGGAUCCCAGCUAACCACUGCACCUCGAGUGGCUCCAGCCCCCAAACCACGCGUGGCGUCGUUGGCAUCGUCGCUGGUUAUGCCCAAAAGACAGGCCAGGGUCCCGUCUAACCCCUCUUCCAUGCGCAACACUGCUGCUUCAGUCAACUCUCGGACGACCGUUGGCUAUUCCAAGGGACGCAGUGUGUCGUCCACCCUGCGGGAGAAGCAUUCCCAAACGCAGAAGUCCUUGAGCUCUGAGGUUCUGUCUCCCGAAACUUAUAUGCAGCUGUAUGGACCCCCUCCGCUGGACUCGGAAAUGUGGACUCGUUGCAAAGCUGCUGGAUGUUUUGAUGCCCCGGAUGAGAUCAAUCGGGAACCGGAAGAGCCACUACCCACAUUUGACGAAGAUGAUGAGGCCCAGAGCUUCCAGCUCACUCUGUAG